AAUGACAGUAGCAGUAGAGACUGUAGUGGAUUAAAGGAGUAGGUAUUUCGGCUGUAGGAUUAAGGUCUCGAGAAUCAAUCAGUAUCGAUGAACGCUAUCCAUUUGAAUGUUAAAAAAAUAGUAUUGAUAUGUAGCAAUUAUGGAUUUGCGGAAAAUUGGAGCUUUGUUAUUUGUAAUUUUAUGGAACCAAAUAUUAAUACUUCAACGACGUGCUAUUCAGACGAAGAAAUCUACCGGCCGGAGAUGGUGGGUACGGCCUAUGAACAGACGCAAACAUGCUCAAGGUUUUGAUCAUAACCUAUUUCGUGAACUAUUUAUUAGUGAUCACGAAGAAUUUAUUGGAUAUACUCGGAUGUGGCCAGAGCAAUUCGAAUUCUUACUGAAUUUGAUACAUCCAUAUCUGAAAAAAAGCAGCAUGCGGAAACCUCUUUCACCAAGGUUUCGUUUCUGGUUAACCUUGACGUAUCUCGCUCAAGGAGAGAGCAUGAGAACUAAACAUCUAGAGUUUAGAGUUGGCAAAUCUACUGUUUGCAAAGUAGUGCCAGAAGUUUGUCGUACUAUAUGGCAUGUCUUGCAACCCAUUGUGCUUCCUACAUUAAAUGCUAAUGGCUGGACAAAAAUAAGUAAUGAAUACAUGCUAAGGUGGCAAUUUCCAAACUGUAUUGGUGCUCUGGAUGGCAGACACAUGGAAAUCAAAAAGCCUCCAUGCUCUGGAUCACAGUACUACAAUUACAAAAGCUUCUUCAGUAUAGUGCUACUGGCACUUUGUGAUGCAAAUCACAAAUUCACAUGGGUAGAUAUUGGACAGUUUGGUUCGAUCAGUGAUGGUGGUGUGUGGAGAAAUUCGGAAUUAGCUGCAGAUCUCGCCUCUGGUGAUGCUGAUCUUCCACUACCAAUACCUCUUCCAGGUCGAGAUGUUCCUUUCCCACACGUGAUUGUGGCCGAUGAGGCUUUCCCUCUUAACACAUAUCUCAUGCGUCCCUAUGCGAGACGCAAUGGAUUAACAGACCG